UGUACAAAAAGCAUCGAUUCUCAAAUCAUCGAUCGAUAAUUGCCCAUCCCUACUAGUUAGUAUAUAGAAGUCUGUGGGCAUAUGAUGUGAGUUGCUUGGAGCCAUUUAUGUUAAGAGAGAAAAAGAGAGAAACUACAUAACCUAAGAUCAUAAUAAUAACAACGGACGCAUCGUGACAAACUUUUUGUUAUCAAAUAUUGCGAAGUCACAUUCGGGCACAGUUUUGUGACGCUCCGUGCGCUGUAUUGUAAUGUGGGAGACGUGAAUUUAUACAAACUAAUGUGACAGAAUGGGCGAUAUACGAGCUGGUCUUGAAGAAUUAAAACUGGAUGGUGCUCUCUUUGCCAAUGUUAAAUACUACGUCAGCGGGGAAGGCGAUCCCAAGAUUAUAAAUUUGCUACAAGAAGGUGGUGCCGAAAGUUCCAAUUAUUUUGGCGACUAUGUAACACAUCUAAUAGCAGGCUACGAAGCAUCAGAAAAUGAUAUUUCUGCAGCAAAGGAUAUAUAUGACAUUCCAGCAGUUACACACAACUGGAUUUUAUAUUCUAGCAAGUGCAAUAAGCUUCUGCCAACACAAUAUUUCUCACCAGAGGAGAAUCAAUUAUUCUCAAAUAUACGUGCCUGCAUAUCCCAAGUAAGUCGAGCUGAUAGUAAAUCACUGUGGGCAAUGUUAACCUUGCAAGGUGGUAAAUGUCAGCUACAUUUGGACAGAUAUUGCACUCAUUUGAUCACUGGCAAAGCAAGUGGCGUUAAGUAUGAAACUGCCAUGAGACAUCAUAUACAUAUUGUAACACCUGAUUGGAUAAUAGAAUGUUGCAAAAAGGGUACUGUCAUUAGUGGAAUAGAGUAUCACCCUAGAUUAUUAGUGUACCCAUCUCCAAAUAGCUCAACAGCCAUGAUCACUGGAUUUAUGGAUGAGGAUCCUGAUAACAGCACUGCACAAGAAGAGCAGGUCAGAACUAAAGCUAUGUUGGAACAACUCAAGCAACGCAUGCCAUGGAAUCAGCCAAGCCCACCCUUAUCAUCGAAUGCUGCACAUAAUUUUGGUGCAACUAAUGCAGUAAGCAUUUCUUAUUCAACGACUGGACAAAAUACUGUAAAUAUUCAGCCGCAGCAGCAGCAGCAUCUUCCACGACCGAUUUCUUCGACUAGUUUAAACACUUCCACGAUCGCUCCAGUAGUCUCAGACCAAAAUGUUAUUAGUCAAGCAGCGGGUUGGCUUCCACAGGGAUCUCAACAAAACAAUAUUUCUCAAAUGAAAGCUAUGCCAUCGCAAAUACAACAACAAGAAUUAUCGACGCAACAAAUAAAUAUUCAACAUCAAUUGAUACAACAUCAGCAAUUAACAUCGCAGCAACACCAAUUAACGCAACAACAGCAAAUCACACAACAUCAACAAUUACAACAGCAAUCAUACAACCAACAACUUCUGAAUCAGCAAGCAUCAUCUCAAUUACCAUCUCAGCAACAGCAAUUGAUUGGACAACAAUCAAUGGUUGCACAACAACAGUUAAAUUCACAAUUACCGCAGCACCAGCUGACUUCGCAACAACAACAGUUAUUAACAUCCCAACAGAAACCAUUAAAUCAACAUCAAAUUAUUCAGCAACAACAAAUAAACCAACAACAGUUGGCACAACAACCACAUUUGGCGCAACAGCAGCAGCAAGUACAAUUAGCAGCUCAGCAACAACAGCAGCAACAAAUAGUGCUUCAGCAACAGCAACUGUCUUCUCAACCACAGCAAAUCGCAGGUCAACAUCAAUUGGCCCAACAAGCACAGCAACUUACUCCCGAGCAGAGACAACUCAUAUUGCUGCAACAGCAACAGCAGAAAAUACAACAAAUCUCACAGCAGUUGCAACAAUCCGCGCCACAGAGCUCUCAACAAUUUGUCAUACGAGAGGGUCAGUUGCAACAACAACCACAGAGCCAACCAUUGAUCGGACCGAAUCAACAAGGAUUCAUCGUGCAGCGGGAUUCGCAAUGGCAGCAACAGCAGUAUUUGCAACUACAGAGACAGCAACAGCAACAGCAAAUCGGUCCACAGCGACCCGGAGGACAGUGGUCAGCAUUGAGAACCAUUCGCGAAGAUCAACAAUCGUCUCAACAACCCAGACAAUUAAUUCAAUUAGAUGCGCAGACACAUCAACAAUUACAACAGAUGGAUCCGCUGCAGCGAGCUCAGUUUAUCCAGAAAAUUCAAAAACAAAAAAAUCUGAUAUUGCAAAGACAAAUGCAAAACCGUCAGGCGCAACAAGGUCCACAUAUUGCCGUCAUAAGAAAUCCGGUAAGUACCGGUAAGCCGGUACAACCGGGCAGUCUGCAAUGGGUCCAACAAGCCCGACCACAUAUGAUGGGACCGCAAAUCGCGCAAACCUCCAGUCAAAAACCUGUACAUCCUGGAGUUCAACCACCGGCAUUGGCACCAAUAAAUUCGUCCAAUCAAGUGAUUGUGCCUGCCGGACAAAACAUUCAGGGUCCACAAGCAGGACAAACAUUCCAACAAGGACAACCUUUGACACCUCAACAAAUUAUACACAUGCAGAAACAGCAGCAAGUGGCUCGAUUACAAUUUCAACAUUUGCAACAACAACAGCAGCAGCAGCAGCAAGGCGCACAGCAAGAACCGCCAUUAACGUCAUUAUCGAGUAACACGCAGAUACCACCGGAUCAGCAAUUAGUAGUAAAUGCCAAGACAAAAACUGCGCUAGCCAAUAUGUUGACCAACAGAUUGCAAGGCGGUACUACCGAGGGUAGCGCGGCAGGACAGUUAAGACUAAUGACCGCGCAACACAGAGCUCCACCUCCUCCCUCGCAGGAUCCGCAGCUUUUGGCUGCUUAUCAGAGAAGAACCGCGGGAAAUAUAACAAACGGCGCACCAUCAGGAGCACCUAUGAAAAUGCAAUACGGACCGGUUAUGCAACAACCAAAAGCACAGUUCUACGGUCAUAAUCCAAACCUGAAACUGCCGCCAGAUCUGUUUCUGUUAGGAUGUAUUUUUGUCAUCGUCGAGUACGAUUUACAGCGUCCGAAUGAAGUCUCGAUUUGGAGACAAGUUAUUGAGAGACAUGGCGGUGAAGUGGAGCUGCAAUAUUGCAGUCGUGCAACCCACGUGUUAGCUAUCACGCAGAAACAUCCGGUUGUGGUGCAAGCAUUACGCGAAGAUAAACGUUGCGUCAGUGCACACUGGCUUUCCGACGUAGUUAGCAAGCUACAACUGUUACCGCCAUGGCAUGCUCUACAUUUUCCGACACCUUUUAGCUUGACUGAACUUCCGUGUAUUAAACAAAUCAUAUCAUUGUCUGGAUUUGAAGGAGAGGAACGGGCGAAAGUCAAAUAUAUGUUAGAAGCUUUAGGUGCGAAAUACACGAACUAUUUUUCCAGACACAACACUCUACUCGUUUGCAGAAGACCAGACGGACAAAAAUACAAAAAGGCACGUGAGUGGCAAAUCAGCGUUGUAAACGCACAGUGGCUGACAGAUGUGCUUUGUGGACAAAUGAAUGCUUUGCAUCAACUCGAGGGUCCAAAGUACCAACAGUUUAGUCUCAGUAACCCUUUCAGACUAGAUUAUUCAUUAGUGCCUCAUCUCAUGGGUGCUUGGAAACAUCCAAUAAAUAUUAAUCAAGAAUCAUAUGAUAAAGUACAACAAGUUGGCCAGGGUCCAAAUUCGAUCAGAAAAUACAAAAAACCGCGAUUGGAUGGUUCACUAUUGAAUAAAGAUCCGCAUCUCUUAGGCUUGGAUGAACCAAUUGUUGUUAGCAAUCCUGAUCCUCCUCCACCCGAUAAACAACCAAGAAUAUUAUUCUCCGGCAUAAAUCCUAAAAAGCAUGCAAAGAGGAUUCGAGAACUAGGAGGAGCUUUGGCCGCUAGCUGGCGAGACGCCACUCAUCUCGUGAUGUCGGCACCGUUACGAACAGUAAAAUUAUUGUGCUGUUUAUCACGAUGUAAAUUUAUUGUCACUCUGCAGUGGUUGCUUGAUUGCUCUGUAAGAAACACUUUCCUGGACGAAAGCGCAUAUAUGCUUGGCGACUCAGAAUUCGAGAAGAACUUUAAUUGCAAUAUCGAAAAAGCUUUAGCGAGUCCCAAUCGAGGAACAGUACUUAAGGGUAAAAUAUUUUAUGUAACACCAAGUGUUGUACCAUCUCCUUCAGCGAUCGCGGAAAUUAUAGAAAGUGCAGGAGGUGCGAUGGACAAAACACGUAGAUCACUUGCGCAGAUACAAGAAAUGAAUACCGGAAAAUUAAAUUAUAUUAUUGUGACCCAUGAAAAUGAUCUUCAUCUUCUUUCUGAUGUCUUGCAUGCAAACAUGAGUGUGUUUAGUGCAGAAAUUAUAUUAGGUGCAGUCGCACGGCAAUACUUCCAACUUGAUGUGAAUCAAGUUUAAAAUAUGCAGUAAACAUCCUCUACUGUAUUUUUAUCUAUGUCAUGGGCCUACCAAGUUCUUAGUGAGUUAUUUCUGAGGCGAAAAUCUUUGCUUACUUUCUUCAAUGGGACAAUAAAAAAGCAUAAUUUUAUGAUA